CCCAGAAUGCUGGUUAAAGCAUAAUCAUCAGGUGCCUCCCCCAAGUUUCUGGUUCUGUAUUUUCAUUUUGAUAAAUUCUUUUUAAUGAAGGAUGGCAACACCAGAAAUUGGCGUGGAACACGAAGAUGGGAAGUGGAAUGACUCGACUGGGGCCUACACUGGCGAUGGUAAGAAAUUAACCCAAAUGAAUUUGCGAUCGGUGAUCUUCGAGCCUGAGUUUUUCUAUUUUCAUUUUUUGUGCUGAAUCGUUUUGCAGAGGUCAGCCCUGAGAGAGCUUCAGGUUCGGAAAUGGACGAACAACGCAAGCAACAGAUGGCCUAUCAAUACCUGUGUCACCUGGAAGAGGCAAAAUUGUAUGUACUAAAUUUCUGAAUUAAAAUUUAUACUCCUGAUACUACUCCCUCGCCCAACUGUAACAGCGUAAACACUGUAUCAAAAUAUAAUUUGAAUUGGAACUCCUUCUUUUGCUCCACCGCCUAUUUUUGAUAUUAAUCACAGUUCUUGCUAUCAUUUUUAGAUGGAUGGAGGCUUGCCUGAAGGAGGAAUUGCCACCUACGACUGAACUAGAGGAGGCUUUCAGGAAUGGUGUGUUUCUAGCAAAACUGGGAAAUUUCUUCUCCCCCGAGACGGUACCCCUGCGCAAAAUAUUUGAUAAAGAAUUCAAAGUAGUGAAUGUGAGUGCUGUUUCUUGCAUAUGCUGUAUUAUUUUUUCCCCGUUUUGUUGGUGUUUCGUUUUCAUUUGUAGCCAUGUGCGGCUAGCCUCACAAUCGGAGUCGUAACUUUGCAAGAGCUCGUAGCUAAUUAACCUAGACCAACAGUUAUUGUUUUACAGACUCGGGGACUUCACUUUCGUCACACGGAUAAUAUUAAUUACUUCAUGAACAGCUGCGGUAAAGUUGGUCUACCGAAGGUUAGUAACUCCUCUCUAAGGAAAAUUCUGUAUGUUUUUCUUUACAGUUAGCACGAAGGCAUUUAUGUACACUUCGAUGUACAAAGUGUUUAUUCUGGAAUAUUUCGCGCGUGUUAGUUAUCUGUAUGUACAGUAUUAAAAUUGUCUCAAAUUCAAUAAGCUCUACAGUGUCUUCAGUCUGUUUGUAUCUAAAAUUUACUGUUAUUGCUUUGUUAAUAUGUUAUUAUUUUAUCUAGCCAGCACAUCUGUGCAUUAACGUUUUCUAAGAAUUUGCUAUUAAUAGAAUCUGUCUGUUGUCCAAGGUCUUCUUCCCUGAAACAACGGAUAUUUAUGACAGAAAGAAUAUGCCAAAGCUAAUAUAUUGUAUCCAUGCACUGAGGUGAGAAAGUCAUUGAGACUUGAAAUGUUUCUUUUCUUUUAGCAAUCACUAAAGAACUCGUCCAGGAAUAAGAAAAUAAUAAUUUGAUUUGCAUCUCUGCUGAUUGCAUGUCGAUUCGUGUUUCUUUGUUUUCUUCAAGUGGGAAUUUUUUAUGGAUGAGUCAUUAUCAUUAAUUUUAGAAAUUGUCUCAAGAUUACUUGGUUGGCCUAAUUUUUGUUUUAAAGAUGCCAAAGUCUAUUCUUAAUUGUAAACCAUUUACGUGAUCUGUCAAGUGUAAACCAUUGACCGAGCUCAUGUGAUAGAAUGACCCUACACUGUCAGCUGAGGGUAAGGAACCAAAAAUCUGUUUGGAUGUAACAUUGACCAUUUAUUUAGAACUUGCUUUAGUAUUUGCUGGAAAAAAAAUUUUGCAAUGCACUUUUGUUUUGGUCAACUUCAUGUUAAUAAGUUAGUGAUUACAAAUAAAUAAAAAAUGUUGAUUUGGCUUCUGCAAAUUUUAAAAGUUGUAACCUGUAAUGUAUAAUUUAAUACACUUCCUGCCAUGUAAGUGUUUGUAAGUGUUCACAAAUUCCAUGAGAAUACUUGUUCAUAUUUAAAACAAUGGGAAAAUCAACAAAGUAUAUAUACAGAAUUUAUUCAAUCAUGGACUGUUGCCAAAAAAAAUUAUCAUCAAGGAUGUGCUAGUUCUUAUUGGUUAAUCCUUGUUUUCAUCCUUUGAACUGAUCUAUGAGCAUUUUUGGUUUUCUUUUGUAGUCUGAUAUUAAUGUGAGUGGAAAAGCUCAUCAAAAUUAAAACAUUUUUCUUAUCUUCAAAAUAGGGGAAAUUUGAUUAGUUUGUAAGACACUCUAUCAUCAGCGAUAGUUGUUGAGUUAGUCACUGUGUAGAUUUGAGGUGACCCUGUUAGUUAACCUGCCAUGACCUGACGUGAGAAAAAAAGAACCAUGUUGGGCAAGAGUUACAAUCUUAUGAUUUUAUUAUACUUUGUCAUUUUUGACCUUAACAAGAGUGACUUUUUCCCUUAACUUGUUGUGUAUACUUUUUUUUACUUGCCUAGUUUGUUCCUGUUCAAGUUAGGAUUAGCACCACAAAUACAAGAUUUGUAUGGCAAGGCCAAAUUUACUGGUAAGUUUUUCUCUGGUUUAAUUUGAUGAGAUAAUUGUAUUUUUGAUGCAAUUAAUAACAUUAUAGGGUAUUUGUUGACUUAAACCCUAUUUUUGCUUCAGCCUCCUUCUGGCAAGCAAAUGUUCAUUACAUGCCUCUUUUAGUGCCCUCCCCCUCUCCUUCCCCUCAUCAUUUUUAUUAGUAUUAAAUUACUAAAUCUGCAGCCUUGCCUAUAAAGAAAUGUUGGGACAUCCGUGUAUCUAAUCAGACAAAAGCCAUCUUUUGCUGGACUUUGUCUGUUGAGUGGGCAUUAUUUCAAACUCUGUAUUACUAGUUACAAUGAUUAUUACUGGUAACAAUUAAUGGCGUAGACAUGUCUCCAAGUGAUACAUCAGUAGUUGAGACCUUUGGGUUUCAUUGCACUUUAUAAAUUCAAUAUAUUUUAAUUUUAUGCAGAGGAACAGAUUAGUGCCAUGAGAAAGGAGCUAGAAAAGUAUGGAAUUCAAAUGCCAGCCUUCAGCAAGAUUGGUGGAAUUUUAGAAAGUGAGGUGUGUUAACACAAAUAUUCUUUAUAUUUAAUAUAUGGUUUUCAAGCAAGAUGAUGAUAUUAUUAUAGCCAAUCACUAAUGUCUAUCUCUCUUUUUUAGAUGCCUGUGGAUGAAGCUGCAUGUAAGUUUCUGGAAGAGGCGACUCUGUUAGAUUUGCAUACUUUGUACAAUCUUUUACCUUUUUCUUUUAACUCAAUCAAUUACAAAUUUAGUGAUCUCUUUUUUUUUUCCUUUUUUCAUCAUUCUUUCAGCUACUACAAAUGACCACCCUUUCAGGCAGAUUUUUUGUUCAUGCUCUUUUGGCAUUUGGUAGUCUCCUUUGGGUUAUUUACGUAGGCUUAUCAUAGAAAUUGCUCUUUGGGAGAGAGUUUGUCAUGAGCAAAAUACAAAUGACAGCUACAAGGGAGACCAAGUAGUUUGCUGCAUUGUAGCUCCUUCACUGAAAAAUUCCAUUGCUGAAGGCAUCUUUUGCAGUGUACUUACUAAUAAAAACAUUCACCACAAACUCAAGUAAUUGUUGCAGUUCACCUUUCACUCUUAAAUUUUCUUUCUUCUUUAUCUUGAAAAGUAUAUCAGGAGAUAAUUUUAUUGUUUCUUACAGUGCAUGCUGCAGUGAUUGCCAUUAACGAUGCAAUUGACCACAAAGAUGCAAAUGGCACUCUUGAGGCUCUCCACAAUCCUAGUGCACACUUAGUUGACAUAAGUCCAGAUAACGCAGAGGAGUACCAGGAGGCCCUUUACCAAGCUAAGGCUACUAAGGCUGCCCAAGCUCUAGCCAAGGUGUGUUGUUUUCCAUAGGGCAUUAAACAUAGGUUUGAAAAGUGAGCAUGCUAGGCACUCAGAAAUUUAAAAUCAAAAGUGGGAUUGACAAUGCAACUGGGAUGUCAAAAGCUGGUUUCCCACCAAAUAUAGUGAUUUUACAAAUUUGCAAAGUGAACAUCAACUUGAUUACAAAUCUUAUUAUAGUUAUUGUGGAAUUAACUAUUGCAAAUGAACCAUGUCAAGUUGCCUGUUUCUAUAAGUGGAUAAGAGUCAAAUUUUAAACUGAGCAUUCCUGCAUGCACAAUGGGGGUAAAUUUUGGGAAAACAGUCCUCCAUGGUUUCAUAAGUUAGAUAAAAUUUGUCUUUAAAAUUUGAAUGGAAAAGUUCAAAUAGAGACAAUAAUGUCGAAUUAAAAUAAAUGAUUGGGCACAUAAAUUUCCAAAUAUGGAGAUUUGAUCCUGUUGACAAAGAAGGAAUUAUUCAAUUUGUAAGAGUGAAUUAUUUGAAUACAUUUAAUGCAGUACAAUAAAUAGUUUGAACCACAGGGGUAACAUGUGAUAGUGUAGUAUGAUCAUUCACAUUGAGUGUAGUCCCAAGAAGGACUUAAGUUGGUAGUGGGGACACUAUGGACAAUGGUCCCUCUCAGGACUACACUCACCAAGACAAUCACACCAUAAGAGUAUGUUUAACCUGGUUCAGCAUUUACCAGUAAUUGUUAAUUAAUGAUUUAAAAUUUGUUAAUAAUUUUUCUUUUUUUGUGCACCUAAUUAAUAGUCACCAAGUAAGGAGGGAAUGGAUGUAUAUGACACGCUCCUAACUCAGGCUGAAAUUCAAGGAAAUGUCAGUCAGGUUAAUGAUGCGAUCAAAAGAAAGAAAGCAGAGGAAGCAUGUGAGUCCAAACCAUGAUUAUUCACAAAUUAUUUUAAGUCUUGUCCAUAACUUUUAUUAAUAUUAACUUUAUUAAUGACAGGUAUACACAUAUGGGAGCUAAUCUGUAGUAGGGGGCAAGAACAUUUCAGAUUAUUCUAGAGCUUAUUACAGGUAUAAAUGUUUUUGUGGCUACUGCUCUGAGGGCCACUAUAUUAGGGUGUCUGUAAGAGUGAGUACAAGUUGUCUAAAUCUUUGUAGUGAGUGCAAGUAGUCCACUCUUUGAUCUUCAGUUUACAUGAACCAUUGAUAAUUAUUUACUGUAUUUUUUUGGUCAUAAGGUGCAACAUUUUUUCAAAGAAAAUGCACCUGUUUGCUUGAAAUCCGGUCUAAACUCGGGGUGCGUCUUAUAGCCGAGUAUGUUUGUGCCAAAAAAUAUAAAAUUCGCUAAAUUUUCCAGAUAAAAGGACUGAAGUACUCUAAAUGCCGUAAACAUGAGACAAAUGUUGCUGGUCAUUAAUUUUUGAGAUUUGUGGUUCUGAAAAGAACCCAGGUGGCUCUGAAAAGAACCAUUUUAUCGCAGGUCAGCUCUGCUAAGCUACUUGUUAAUUCCUCGCAUUUGCUUUUUUGUCUCAAAAUUGUCGUCAAUUGCGUCUUCCGGGUCUUCUGCUUCUUCUCCCUCUUCCUCCCAAGGUACUUCAUCUUCUGUACUGUCAAGGUCAUUAGUGAUACCACAGGAGGGAACGUGCUCAAAAGCACAUGCUUGAAAUUUAAUACUAAUAGAUAAUACAUUGACAUCAGAAAGAAAGAAACAAACUUUUACCUCAAUCCCAUGAGCACUACAAACAAUCAAAGCAUUUUGUUGAUGGUGGCAUGAAUUGGUAUGAAUUAAAUACGGGUAUUACAUAAAACCCAUUGAGGCACAUUUCACAGUCAUCUUUAACUCGCCCGUAAACAAAACUUUGCUGGUUUCUCCAUUUACGGACAAUCGAUUCCAAUCUGCUGUAUUCAUGAGCAAUUUCACGAUUGUUUUUCACUGCUUCUACUUCUGCUACAAUCUUCAACUUGAAGUUAGAUCAUAGAAAUGAUGACGAGUACUUCCCAGGUAAAAAUAUAAGGUGGGAUCCCGCCAAUCCCACCUGGGAUCCCAGUUGUGUCCCGGGUGGGAUCCCGCCUUUUCCGGGUGGGAUCCCGCCUUUUCCAGGUGGGAUCCCGGGUGGGAUUAUGGAACAUCCCGCAUAGGAUCCCACCUGGGAUUAUGGAACAUCCCGCAUGGGAUCCCACCUGGGAUUAUGGAACAUCCUGCGUGGGAUCCCACCUGGGAUUAUGGAACAUCCCGCAUGGGAUCCCACCUGGGAUUAUGGAACAUCCCACAUGGGAUCGCACCUGGGAUUAUGGAACAUCCCGCAUGGGAUCCCACCUGGGAUUAUGGAACAUCCUGCAUGGGAUCCCACCUGGGAUUAUGGAACAUCCCCCAUGGGAUCCCACAUGGGAUCCCGCCAAUUGAAGUUGGGAUCCCGCCUUAAAUUCCUAAUAGCAUCCCACCUGGGAAAGCACAUCCCGGGCAGGAUUAAACCUAUAAGCCCACCAAUCCCUCUGGGAUCCUGCCUCAAAUUUCAGAUAGUUUCCCACCUGGGAAAUCAUAUCCCAGGCGGGAUUGCAUCUGGGAUCCUGCCAAUCCCAGUUUAGACCCUGCAUAAAAUUACAGAUGGCUUCCCACUUUCAGAAAAAUCCUUUGAGGGAUCCUGUUAAUCACUGGAGACCACAGAUUUAUAAAAUGUACCAGAUAGGAUAUCUUAUCAAUUCCUUUUGUAACCUAAUCCGUAAAAUUAAGAGGAUAAAUAUUUUCUAGGUGAGCUAUAGACCCCAUCAAUCCACUGAGGGUCCAAAACUUUCCAACUAGCUAUAGAACAUACUGACACCUCCAAUGGGAUCCCAUUGUCUUACCAAGCUGUUGAUCAUAAAUGAUUCAAACAGUACAUGAAUACGCAGACUAUAUGUGAUAAAGAUCUCAUAAUUUAUUUGCAAUGAACCAGCAUGUGUUUGAUAUGUUUCAUUAACAAAUUUCUUAACCGAACAUUGUUAAAUAAUAACAGCACAACUCAGCAUAUUACUUUUUCUUCAUCAUUUAAGCAGACCAUCUACAGUGUAAUAAGGCUCCACGUUUAAAAAAAUUGGCUGAUGUGUAUCAAAGAAUAGAAGAAAGACAAAACCUCAAUAAUUCAUGUUAUCAAAAUUUGACAAAGUUACUGAUUGAAAGUCUGCUCUCUCUUCAGUCGAAUUGUUCAAAGCAAAGCAAGGUCAGAAUGUUCCCAAAUGUGACUAAAGUAAUCUUGAAACCUUACUCAUAGAUUUAUUUCAUUGUAAAGUGUAAGCUUAGGAAACUGCAGCAUGCAAGUGACCAAUUCGAUUCUCAGAAUUAUUUGAGUUUCAGUUGCGCUGAGCGUUAGGUAAGCUUAAUCCAAGCCGUUAUUUCUAUUCUUUGAUAAGAUUUUGAUCACGUAACGAAUAUGGCAAUUUGUACUCACCACAAACUUCUAAAAAUCCUAGCUUUAAAUGGCCACUCGAUCGUUGUUUGAACCAGUCGAUAUGUCAACUGUUAAUUGUCCCUUCUUUUAAUUCCACGGCGCCAACGACUUUCUUUUCAUUUAAAACACUCACGCUGUUCUCGUUUUCCCAUUGAACCACAAUAAAACUCAUCUUUAGAAGUGUUAUAUUACGCAAAACAAUUGAGAAAAGAAACAACUUCAAGCAAGAGCGGUUAACCGAUGAAAAGUACAUUCAAAGAUGAGCGCCAAAUGGAGUUUUCUUUGUUUCCGAUCACGGGCAUGAUCACGUGGACCUUUUAGCAAAGAGACUCCGCUGGCUUGACCCAUUGCAGUCUCAAGAGAAGCGCGCAACAUUAUUCUGUCUCUUCUGACCGGUUCUCCUCUCAUGUUUUGAUGAUGACAUAAAUAAUGAUGUGAAUUCACUCUGUGUAGAAAUAAUCGACAAGAAUCAAACAAGAAUGCACGAUUUGUGGCUGAAAGUUUUCGAGGAAAGAAAGACUCGAAACCCACUUGAGUUAUGUUCACGGCGAAGGUGAAAAACAACACAAGCCAAUCACAUUAGGAAGUAUAAGAGAUACCUAGAUGAUCCCAGUGUACCAGUACCCAAAUCAACAAGGCUUGACCACAACAAGCGUUCAGCAACAAGUUCCAACACAGCUAGCCAUCUCGAUUCCUCAGUCGGUCUUUCCACUGAACUAGCAGUGGUGCCAACAGAGUCAAGUGCGUCUCGAUAACGGAGAAAACAUUUGCACGAGAGACAGAAGCAACUACAUGCGAUUACAGAGGUGCAUUGGAAUUCUCGUCUGCAAAUGGUUUUGCACAGUCCGAAGCGUUCCCGAGCUUGGAAAGGGGUGGAGAGGACGAAGAUACAAGGUUGUCAUUUUAUACUACAAGUAAAAUUUUAUACCAGACCUACAAGGUAUAGAAAAAUUUUGUUGAUCGCUGACUCAGAGAAGAACAACAAGUAAACUUUAGAGCUGUUAUUAUUGAACUGUGACUUGUACUUUUCAUUUGUAUGUAAAGAAGGAAUUGUAUUUUGCACCAAAAAUAUAAAGAAGUAAUAUUUUUUAGGAGGUCCAGUGAUUGGGACAUUUAAGAAAUUAAGUAAUGAAAAGAAACUCGGUUUGUACUUCUCACUACUAACAAGGCUUGUUUUAAAAAUAUUUUCAGAUCAGAGUUUCAAAUAAAGAAAAAUUGAAGAAGUCAUUUAAAAGGUGUAUUUUCUCAAAGGGAACAGUGACCACCUCUGUCUUGUCCGCAUGCCAAAUAUUUGCGGAGUGUGUGGAUGAUCCAUAAGUAUUGGAACUCUCACAAAAAUGUUUUGUAUAAGAAUAAAAACAGAAAAACAAUAUUUUCGUGGGUGGGAUAAAGAAUCCCAGGUGGGAUAUGUAAAUCCUGACCAGGAUCCCGGGUAGAAUGCAUAAGUCCCACCUAAGAUCCCGGGUGGGAUGCAGGAAUCCCGCAUUAAAUGCGGGAUCCCAGGUGGGAUCAAAUUUUCAUCCCAGGUGGGAAAGGUGGGAUCCCACCACCUAGGGCGGGAUCCCGCCAUUCCCACCUGGGAUCCUGGGUGGGAUUGCCGGGAUCCCGCCUAUUUCCCGCCUGACAUUUUACCUGGGUUGGCAUGAUGAUCUCUGAUUUAUGGUAUGCUGCAUGAUUGCUUUGAGAAUGAGAUUGUAGUUUUGAAACUGAUGAAAGUUUCAUCAGCUGAGUGUUGUUUAUAAACUUUAAAAUGGAUCAAUUAGUAUUCAUAACUUAAAGGAACUGUUUCUGAGUAAUUUGUAUGUUAUUAAUAAGUGUGACUUUUUUGCUUUUGUUCAAAGUGUGACCUUUUUGCUUUUUUUCAUAAUGUGGCUUUUCUGCUUUGUUUACAAAAGUGAAAGGACUGUAAUUAGCAAAUUUGGAAGCAUAUUGUAACAGUUGUAAUAAGGGUGAACUGAUCAAUAAAAUCAAUAUCGCUGAGUAUUUAGGAGUAAUUUAAAGUUUGUAAACUUGAUACAAUUAUGUUUAAGAGUUAAAGGUGCAUCUUAUAACCAAGUGCGCCUUAUAACCAAAAAAAUACAGUAUAUCAAGCAGCUAUUUCUAUAAAGUGCACCUCGUAUCCCAUUUCAGAGUUCUCUUGAUUGUGUGAAGCAUAUAGUUAUUUGAUAAUCUGUUUGUUUAUAGUGAUUCAGGCCGUCAGAGAAAUUAACCAGGCUGUCAACAAUAAUGAUGAAGAGGCUUUGACCAUUGCUUUAUCCAACAAAGCAGCUAAGUUGACAGGUUUCACCAAAGAAAAUGGGUCAUGGUACAUGAAGUUGUUAGAGGAGAAAAGAAAUAUAAAACAAGAGGUAUUUUCAGCACUUCCUUGGUGGCCAUGAUGGUAUACACACACCAAAUCAGUGAAACAGCAGCCACAUUGGGUUAUCAAGUCAACUUUGUGGUAUUUGUACUGAGUCAUGUGUUCACACUUCCUGUUGUUUCAGUGAAUAUGCCUAGCUGCUGACCACACAAGUGAAAAUGCUCCAUUCAUGCUUGUUGCUAUUUUCUCAUUUACCAGAGCACACUUCCAAGUAAAUAGAAGUGAAUGGAAAAGCAAUGUUCUCAGUUGAGGGAACUUUGUUUAACCUGGGCAACAUUGCAAUUAUGCACAGUCAUGUCCUGAAUUAACUUUGUUCUAGACAUGAAUUAUGGUUUGCUGGGAACUGUGUAUGAGAUAAAUGUUUUGUACUGGUGAUAAUCAGUACUUUGUUUAUUUCUGUGUCGUCAUUAAAACUUAAUGAGAAAAUUCUAUGAUCACUUUUGGCAGCACACUGGUCUCUCUGAUGUUGAUCUCACUCAAACAGAAAUCCAGGAAGCAAUCAAUGCUGCUAAUGAUUUAGCUGAACAACACAGACAAAGUGAGUACUACCUUUUUCCCUGUUAAACUGGGUUUCUCUACAAGUCAAUGAUCCUAGCCAAUGUAAAGGAUUUAAAGCACUUCUUGGGGAGCAUGAUCUUUUAAUUCACUUAUGUUGUAAGUGAAUAUAGGCACUGUUUGAUUAGUCAAUAUCAGACUAGAGAGUAAUGGUGCAAUAUAAUUUUAUCAAGGGGUUUACUCAUAUGAUAACCUUAAUGCAAUCUGAAAUCUAUAUCAUUUUAAUUUGCACUUUGUUUAAUUGACAGUUAAUUGUUUUUACUGAUGUUUUACUACUUUUUGUUGUUUUUUCCUGUUUUAGUGGAGGAUAUUGUACAUUGUAUAAACAAGUCAAUAGAUAUGGGAACAGUGGAAGAAACUCAUACCCUGAUCCAAAAACAGGAAGGGAUGUUUCCAAAAGUACUGACAAGGAGUGCCUUCCUGUAUCAUGAUGGACUUUAUAAAGCUAAGCAACAAUCACUGCAAGUAAGUAUCAAGUGAAUGGUCUCGACUCUGUACCUUAUCUCUUCUUUUGAAUAUUUCCUUUUGUCUAGUUGUUUCCUUUCUGCUUACGCAUUAAUCUUCUCAAGCCUUUGAGAUCAAAAGACCAAAAGUGCAAACUUAAUGUUUUAUUGACAAGUCUAAAAUUCACCUUGCUUUUAUGAUGCUAUUUUAAUCAUUAAAUAAUCAAAUCAGGUAUUAUACUUAUUUUUAUUAAUUAAUUUUAAAUUUAACAAAUGAGCACUAAUCACAUACAAAAUGUUUUCCACUAUUGUUUUCUUGAUGAUUGUGAUGGCUUUAAAAUUAUACAAUCAUGGCACAAUCUCUAUUUUGUUUUUGUUCAUUUCUUUGCAGGAAAGUAAUGAAGUGUGCCUUUCACAUCAGGCCAUCUGUGACCAGUUGUCAGGUACUUUCAUAGUGAGUUUCAAAUUACCUGGCCCUCUUGGUAAUUUUACUAAUGGGUAAUGAAAUUUGUUCAUCAGAGACACACCAAAAAAUAGGGCAGUUCCCUCCUAAAGAAGACAAAAUAAUAUUUUGAAGUAAAUUCACACAUAGUUAUGACUAGUGACAUAGUUAUAGGCAUUGUUAUGUUUUUAAACCUAAGUUAGUGUCAGGUGUUAACUUAAAACAAACCUACACUACAUUAACUUUCAGUUCUGACAGCUGUAGCAGCCAUAAAUGAAGCCAUUGAGAAUGAAAAUUCAACUCAGUUGAUUGAAAAAAUGAACCAUGCUAAUGCUGGUUUGACUUCAGUGGAUGAGAGUCUAUGUAACAGAUACUUAAGUUACUUGAUCUCUGUCAAGGAGGACAAAGCACAGGUAGGUUGAAAUAUGUUUGCACUUGCAGGUAAUUAAAUUGAAGGUCUCUGACAGAAGUAGGGAUGGAGAGGGAUGACUAUUAAAUCCUCUCAUGGGUAAUUAUUGUACUUACUUAGGAAUGUGGAGUUGGCAAGGAUGAUCUAACAAAGCUUGAAAUACAGAUUUGUGUGGAAUACAUGAACACUGUUGUUCAAGAAGAGCAUGAUUGUAAGUUACCAUGAGCAUUUGAUUAUUUUUUCUUGUUGUUUUGUCAUAAUAGAGCCUUCCUUCUCUGGGUUAUGCUUAUGCAGUGAACCACAUUUAAUUGUACUUUUAAAGAGCACUCUUGCCCAGCUAGUCUAUGUCAGACAUGUUGUCUCUACAGAAACAGUACAGCCUCUCCAAAAUGUUGUGUCUUGAUUGAGCUCCCUUAAAGCAAAUGACAGGUCAGGAUUGUGUUUAAGACAAGUAGAAUGCUAUAAAUCAGAGGUUGCAAGGAGUGUUUAAACAUUGUUUAUGAGCUAAGAUUUGAGGGGAAGGUCUUCUGAUGUAUUGUGACUAGGUGGUCACUGAACUAUGAGUCUCUGUCUCUUACCUUACUCCUUUGUUACCUGAAUAAGCACCAAUUCUAAGGUAACAAGUUAUGAAUCAAUUUUGUUACUCUGUAUACCCUUAAGUCUAUUGGUAGCAAUUUUAGAACUGAGUCAAAUCAUUAAAAGGUAUCACAACCUCCAACUUUAACUCCAGAUUAAAACCUCUGGAUGUGGACAUUUAAGCCUUCAUUCAGAAGGAAAAUGAUCUUGCAAAUUUGUCUGUUGGCAUUAUCUGUUCCAGGUAGGGAACAGUUUUCUGAAUCCAUAGCUUGAGGUAAACCUUGACCUUCAAGGUAAUAAUCUCUAUUCAAAUGGGGGCUGACAGUGUUCACGUGUUGAACUUAGUGCCAUAUUGCCUUUCAUUCCUCAGUUUAGUUAGUACCUAUUGGGUCACGUGUCAUAUUGAGACCAGUCACUCAUAAACAAGAAUAUCUGUUUUGAAAAAUAUCAAAGAGAAUGAGUGUGAGAUUUCAAGAUUAAUGGCAAUUUGGGUAUUGCAUUUUCUUGUGAUAGUGAUAUCUGCAAUAGCAGUUAUCAAUGAGGCCAUUGAUAAGGAAGACCACCAAAGUACUCUGCAAGCCUUACAGGCUGUUGCUGCCAAACUAUCAGGUAUUGUCCCUGAAAACAGCCAACUCUAUCAGAAGCUUCUAUACACUCAGAAGAUGGCCAAAGCAGCGGUAAGAAUGGAUUCAGGUUACUUUUAGCAAAAGAUCACAGCCUCCGUGCUGUGUGACAUUCACUUUAAUUCAGUGUUGAAUCGUGCUUUUUGUAGUUUUAUUAAGCAGAUAGUCUUCUUAGUUUAAAAGGAUAGAAGUAUUGUUUUUUGGUCUCUUUUAUUUUUAGCUUUUCUUAUAUGCAUGUUUUUAGUUAGCAUAUUUGUAUUUUAGCCAGCUGUUAGCACAUAGAUGUCAAUGAAGGAUUGAUGGAUUGAUUGAUUGGACAGUACAUGUGUUUUAAAAUCCAUAGAAAGCUGAUGAAGGCACAGCUGAACUGUGGCAUGAUGAGAUCCAGAGAAGCUUAGACAGUGCGAAUCGUUACUGCGAUGAGGCUCAACAUUGUAAGUACUUGUUUAUGAUGAGCAGAGUCUCAGUAAUUAUGCUUUACAAGAAUAAGAAAGCUUGAUUUUGUUUUUCAUCUAGUGGCUGAGGGUGUGACGGCAAUCAACCAAGCAAUUGAUGCACAAGAUGAGAAGCUUCUGAUAGCUGCUCUUACAUACCCAAGAGCAAACAUUUAUGGUGUCACAUCACAGUGUAUUCAGCAGUACCUUGAAGAGCUAAAAAAACUUAAAGAUAGCAAGAAAGAAGCAGGUAAGUUGAUAUGAAGCAAACUGUUACCAUCUUAAGGUAUUUAAUAGGUACUAUCAACUGAGUUGAUAAGUAAAUAUAAAUUGGCCACUGUUAAAAGUUUCAAACCUGAUGUUUUCAUCAAUAGUCCUUUGUCAGAGUGAAUGACAAAGGGCUAACACUCAAAACGUCAGCUCUGAAAUUCUUAACAGUGGCCAAUUUACUUUAUCAACUCAGUUGAUAAUACCAAAUUACCUUGUUAUACUCUCCCACCAAUGCACCACAGUUUCUUUGGAAACUUACUCCCUUAAUUCAUCUGUUACCAUUACCUUCCAUCUCUUCCUCAUCAUUAUUUUCAGUCAUAAUCUUCAUUGUUUUAAACAGGAUCCUUAAAUAGCUUUCUCCAAAGGUUAUACACCCAUAUAUUUUUCCACCUUCAAGGUUUUUGGUUCUAUUAAACUCUAACCAAGUCUUUUCUUUUAACAUUAGUGUUGACAACUCUCAGUUGUACUUUAUCUGGUAAAUUGUAGGCAGUAACUCUGUGUGGCUGGAGCAAAAGAUAUCUCAGGGUUAUUUGUAUUAUUACAAUACUGAGAAUAAAGAAAGUUGUUGGGAGAAACCUGAUGAUAUGAUCAACAACUCAGCUGUGCUUACCAGAGAGGAAAUUCAGGUGAAUAUUCAUUAUUUAAUUUUAGUUCUUUCUUCAGUGAUCCUGUUGCAUUACUUAUACAUCAUGCACAGAUAAUAAGAACUCAUUAAAAAGUAAACUAUUUCAUGUUCUGGUUAAUAUCUUAAAAUAUAAAGCCUUUUAUGAAUCAUUUGUAGAUGAAGGAGAUUGAGAGGGGUGAUAAGUAGAGUCCUACCUGUUUGGGUUCAUGAGUGUAAAUGUAGGCAGAAAAUUAGUUUUCAUCACUAAAAGGUUAAUGGUUUAUUAAAAAGUUUCAUUAUGUAGCGUUAUUUUGAUCUUUAACAGGGUGUGAUAUCAAGAGUAACAGGCCAGUAUGACCGUUGGGUUCACAUGGAGUCAAAUGAACCCUUGAUUAUCAAGCUGCAGUCUCACUGGAAAGGAUAUUUGGCAAGAAAGGCUUACAAAGAAAGGCAGACAUUCAUAAAGGAACAUCUACCAGCAAUUAUUAGAAUACAGGUUAGGUAUUUUAUCAAAAUAUCUUUUGUUAGGUGGCAAGGGUUUUGUGGUCUCAUCCACAGGUGCAUGUUGUUAGAAAUCACUUUCUGAGUAAUGCCAUUGAAAUAUCAAAGAAAUUUUGUUGUGAUGAUCUGGAGACUAUUGCAGCAAUGGGUUUUAACAACAGUCCUGAAAAUGUAUUUGGUGAGCAAGCUUUCCUUGGCAGUUUAAGAUUCUUAGCUAUUUCUCUACUUCCCUAUCCUUUUUUUACCCCUCAUCAUGUGUGUCUUUAUUUGAUUGUAACCUUGCCAUACCUGUAAGUUUCAGAAGAAAGUUGUCUUCUGAAAAUCGCAUUUCAUGAAACUUUCAUGCAUUGUGUUCUGAGGUUUACCAUAUAAGCAAUCAAAAUACUAUUUUCAUUCAAUAGCCAGUGAUUUACAAAUUAUAGUUUAUGCCCUGAUGUGAAGAGACCAACAGAAUUUUCUCAUGAAUGUAAUUCUAGUGCAGAGAAUCUGGGUUCUGCUUUAGAAUAAAUACUGAAAAUCGAAUAGAAAUUAGUUUUUGUCUUGAGAAUCUGCAGUUUGAUUGUCCAUAAGAUCAUGCAGUGAGGGUAGUUUGGAAAAGGACUGUUGUAAAUAGAAGUGACCCAAAUUUUAUCGAUCUGGGGGAAUUAAUCAUUAGAGUCUUGGGGUUAUUUCUGCUCAGGUUGCUGAAUGUCUAGUCAUUACUACUGACAACAGCCCUUUUCAGGACAACUCACCCCUAGGCACAAACCAUUUACUAAAUCUGCAAUGUAAUCUUAAUUAUUUAAGGCAUUUGUGAGGGGAUUUAUUCAAAAAUUGAAAUACAGAAGGAGGCUCAAUGAACUGCACAGUCAUCCUGAAGAAGUUGUUAAGGUAAGGUAUCUUAACUAUAGUACAAUUAGGCUUGGUUAAGACCAUUAUACUUCUGUCAUUUGGUGUGUUGUUUGUUUUUGCUCAAUUUUUUUUUUUAUUUGACAGAUUCAAUCUUGGAUGAGGAUGUCACUUGCUAGAAAGAAAUAUCUAGAAAGAAGAAAAUACUUUAAGGACCAUGUAAGUUGAUCCUUAAAAACCUUGUUGUUAUACAAAACUGCUUAUUUUAUGUAAUUGAAUGGCAUUAUGCACUUCCUGGGCUGGUAAAAAGAUCAUUGUAGCUUACUUGGUGUCAUAUGAGAUGUCUUAGAAUUAAUUCCAAUAGAUGUCCGGUUUAAAUAUCACAUGCUGCUAAAUUUCUUUCUUUUAGAAUUCUGCUAUAGUGAAAAUCCAGGCUUGGUUGAGAGCAAAUGUGGCCCAAAAUGAUUACAGAAAACUCAGUAAGUAAAUUGUUCUUUUUUACUCUUAGUUCUUUUACAGGAAAAUUUUUCAUGCAGUUGCUUACGUUACGUAAAUUGCAAUCUUUUGCUUGACAUGUAGAUGACAAUAAGUUUUGAAGAAAAGACAGCUUUUUGUCUGAAGCACAUUUUAAUUUUCCUCCUCGCACAGUCUCCAUGCAAGAUCCACCAGUAAAGACUGUAAGAAAAUUCCUCCAUCUUUUGGAACACAGUGACGCUGACUUUGAAGAGGAGCUUGGUACGUAAAACAACUUUGUUUUGAAGGCAGAUAUUAAUGCACUUUAACCUGUCUCUCGAGGCUGUCCAGAUUACUGUGGUGUUGGUGAUAUAUUUUCUUUCAGUGAUAAAUGACAUAAAUUUAUUGCUACUGUUAUCUUAUGGCUGGUUAAACCACUGAACGUGAUCUGUGCAUUUACAUGUUUCUAAGUUUUGUACUUUUUAAUAAGUGUGAACUAAUCUGCAGAUCUUCAGAAGCUACGAGCCCAGGUUGUGACAGAGAUCAGAUCAAACCAACAGCUCGAGAAUGACUUGAGUCUAAUGGACAUUAAGAUAGGACUUCUAGUUAGAAACAGAAUCACUUUGCAGGUAUUAAACCAAUAUGUCUAAGACAUAUUCUUUUGACUUCUUAAAAAAAUGAGAAGCUUUAAAUUUUCUCAAGAGGAAAGGGGCAUCAUCGCAAAUUCUUGACACCAUUCACCCACGUCAUCAUGUACACAACCAUUUUUUUUGGCAUUUUUUUCACAAAUAUUACAACAAAAACGUUGUAGCAGUCUUACAAUGCAUAACUCUUAUGCUGCAGCCUGGUUAUACGUACAUAUAUAUGUAUAUUUUUUUUCCUGUAGUAAAGGAAUGUGUUCCCUUCGUGGUUAGUGUAAAGGCUAUGUCAACUCCUUAUCAAAGUUAUCUGUCUCUUAAUGGACACUUCUGUAAGUUAGACUUUGCUCUUCGACAGAGAAUUGCUAAAUUUCAAAAACGGGUCACCUACAGUUAGUCUAGUGGCUCUUCAGUUUUCUAGAGAUUAAACUCCAAAACUCUUAUGGUACAGAAUAUAAAAAGUGUGCUUUAUUUGCAAAAGCCCUUCAGCGUGAAUUGAUAGAUGUUGUAUUUAACAGGAAAGACCUAAACGGUAAUAAACGUUCUUAUAAACUUGAUGAUUACCUAUUUUUAAGGCACACCGCUGUACCAAUACUCGCAAGUUUAUUUUCGUUUGUCUAUUUUUAGGACGUAAUACACCAUGGAAAAAACUUAAAAAGGGAAAAACAAGACAUGAGUACUGCAAUGCAGAGAACAAAGGGGAUCAAGUCACUGAGUAAAGAAAGCCACGAAAAACUAGAAGCUUACCAGAACUUGUUUUACUUACUUCAAACUAAUCCAGUUUACCUGGCCAAGCUGAUUUUUGCAAUGCCGCAAAGUAAAUUUACUAAAUUCAUGGAGUCUGUUAUUUUGACAUUAUACAACUAUGCCUCUAAUCCGAGGGAGGAGUAUCUGCUUGUGAAAUUAUUUGACACAGCGCUCAAAGAGGAGAUUGCGUAAGUAUUCAAAUUGAUGAGAGGACUAUUGAUAUCGACUUAGAAUGCUGAUUCUGUCGCAUGCUAUGGAAAUCCGUUGAACGUUUGCUCGUUAUGUGCUCGGUUAAGGUGACGAGUUAUUUUUUUAAUUUAAUUGAUCCUAGUACAAGUAUCAAGGAACUAUCUGUAUUAAGGUUUUUUAGAAAAUUUUAAGUACUUACAAUGCAUUCGUACUAACUCACUGGUUCCACAAGAGGAGAUAUGUAAGUGUUGUUUUGUUUUUCCACUUUCUGUGUUAGUUUAUUUUAGUCUAAUCUCGAAGGUAGUUGUAAUGUAAGAAUGGUGAUUGCGUAAGUAUUGAAAACGCGCGGGAAAUCUCCUUUCUCCUCAUCUUCAUUCUAUAACAUUACUGUUUUCCACCAGUUUUUACAACGCGGACAUCACUUAGUUAAGGUUUUCAGCUUUUAAAAAAAAUAGUUUUAUGGACGGAAUAGAAAGAGAGUUCGACAAAGUUGCUAUUUUUCUUUAGCUCAAAAGUUGACCAAAUGCAGGACAUCGUGACAGGAAACCCAGCGGUCAUUAGGAUGUUGGUUCAUUUUAAUCGGUGAGUGUAUGGAAUAGAAUCAGUCGUUCGUAGUCCGCGGAAUCCGUUCAUUUUCAAAACUCUCUAAAAUGUUUGUUUGCCACGUGUUUUCCAGUGUAAUGAGUAAUGAGUAGUGAGGAGUAGUGGCCUUGGUCACCAUUCGAGUUCUCUGCAGCUCAGUGGUAGAGAAUAAGAGUGCAUUCCGAUGGAGUGUGUUUCAAUUCCUCAUGUCGAACUCAGAUUUUUUUACUCUGUGCCACGCUUGUAACAAAAAGAAUAACAUUUUUCUUAACUCCCAACAACAAUUAUUUGGAAAUGGGUCAAUCGAAGGCCGCAAACUUCUACACUCCUUUUAAACGACACAAUCUUUGAUAAUCUAAAAGUGAAAAAAAAGACUACAGUUUUGAAAGUGCUUGUCAUAUACAAUGUUCAAUAUUCUGGGUGCGUGAAAUGUUCGCAAAAUGAAAAUGCAAAAACUGGAUAGCGUUGCUUCUGAUGAUAUUGAUUACUAUUACUAACCAGUAUUACUCGGGCUUGCUUAGAGGUACUAGAGGUCAGAGCUCAUUGCGAGAGCUGCUACAACCAUUGGUUGAGGGUGUCCUUAAUGACAAGAACUUGUCAAUCAACACAAACCCACUUGAAGUGUACAAGGCUUGGAUUAAUCAAACGGAAUCAGAAACGGGAACUGCAAGGUACGAAUGUAUACCAUUGCUGUUGAUUGGUCGUGAUUGAAUUGUUUGAGGUAAUAGUUAAGGUGUGAUUUGUAGCCCAGGUCCAGCGCCAAAAGUGAAGGGAAAAUUUGAACGGGUCGUGUAAACUCGUUAGAAACCCACACUCGGUUCUCUCUGUCUUUAAUCUGCAAUCUUUCCUUACGUACGCUGAAAAAUCGAUCAGGUUAAAGAAUAGUUAAGGAUCAUGUUCAUUAGCCGCUUUUUCAAGUGAGUUUUAAAUUCAGACAAAGUGCCUUGACAAAAAAGGAAAUUGAAUCAACACUCCAACCAAGGGUAGAAACCUAACACUCUUCCCGCAUUUCUUAAUGAAUAUAGGGUUUUAAAUUGUCGCAUCAGUUUUCCUCUUUUUUAUGCAUAGUAAGCUACCAUAUGAUGUGGAACCGGAACAAGCGCUGAAACAUCCUGAAGUACGAGAAAGAAUAGAAGCUGCCAUGAAGAGCCUUACAGAAGUUACAGAUACAUUUUUAAGCUCCAUUGUUCAAUCUGGCCAUAAAAUACCGUGAGUAGUGUGUUCCCGCUAAUGUGUUGAUGAUUGCUGUUUUGUUGUUUUGCCUUUUGAUCUUCAGAGACCUUUAGCAGUUAGGUUAUGUUCCUGGUUAAUGCCGAUAAAGCGGAGUUGUGUCUGCGCCCUCAGAAGCUGUCUAUUUCUUGUCUCCUUGUAAUGUAGAGAACGUAUUACUCAGCAAAAGACUCGGAUGGUUACAUACUUCAACAGUGUUCUAUUGGAAAUUACUGUAACGUUGAUGUUUUUAAUUUAGUUAAUAUCAUGAUAGCUGUGGAAAUAUAUUUUUAGUACUUUUAUUUUGAUAGUUGUGGUGUAUUUCGUUAGGUAUGGUAUGCGAUAUGUAGCGAUGUCUUUGAGAGUGGCUCUCGCUGAAAAAUUUCCAGACGCAGCAGAAUCAGAAAUACUAAAAGUAAGUUGGGUAUUACGCUUGUUUGAUUCCUAGGUACUCCAUGUAAUUAUUCUCGUGUUCCUCUUUAGAUAUGCGAGUUGUAUUUCAUUUUGUCAGUGCUUUUUUCUUCUAAUAACUACUGUUUAACUGUCUCUGCAAGCUUGAAAAUUCAUGUGUAAACGUUGUGAUUUGUGUUCGCUGAUUUGCAGGUUGUAAGUAACUUGAUAUACUACAGGUAUAUGAACCCUGCGAUCGUAGCACCGGAUGCUUUUGAUAUCGUGUCAAUGGGCGUGGAUAAGGGUUUGACGGCUGAUCAGGUAGACUUACUUCUUACACUUGAUUAUCAGUUUCAUCCUAUUCACCAUUCCUGGCUUAAGUCCUUGCCGUCGUAAUUUCCCUUAGUUUCCCACGCAUUAGUGUUAGGGAGAGGGCCGCACAAAUGAUUUAAAUUAAAUUGUCCGGUGAAAAACUGUACAGUGUAUGAUAUGGGGCAGUCAAAGUUAAACUACUAAAUACCGCGUUCUAAGAACUCUUCCUUUUAGUCCGUACCGGUACAUUUUAGUAAAUAGUCAAGAGAAAUAAUGAUCCAUAUUUUCCCCUGUCAAUAAUAUAUUGUGAUCAACAGUGUCGAAAGCCUUCUUUCAGUCGAGAAAAACUACAGCGUUAACAUAUCCACGAUCGAUAUUAAACGCCCAAAUGUGAGUGGCUUGUGAAAGGGCAGAAACUGUGGAGUGUAAGGAGUGGAAAUCGGACUGUUGUUUGGAGAUGAUUUCUUCACUGGCCAAAUGUCAAACUACUGAUGAGUUGACGCAUCAUAGCCAUAGGUUGACGCGCUAGACUGAGGAUCCAGAAAUCUGGGUUAGAGCCUGGGCCGGGUUAUCGUGUGUUACUUUACUCUGACAGUGCCCCUCUCCACCAUAGGAGUACAGAUGGGUAAUUGUUAGGAAAACAUUGCGAAAUGCAAGGGGGGAACCCCCAAUGGACUUAUCUCCUAUCCAUCAAGAGUAGCAUUACUUACUGACCGGGAUAAGUUUCUCAACAAUAUGGUCAGGUCCAGAGUUGACAGACAAAUCACUGAUUUCUUUAUCUUCCAGAGAAGAAAUCUCGGUUCUAUUGCCAAAAUUCUUCAGUAUGCAGCAUCAAAUAAAAUGGUGAGUAACUAAACUUUACUUGUCGUAAUAUGUUGAAGUAAUCGUUGGGUAUCAAAAUAUGAGUUCUUUGUUAUUAACUUGUAUACCAAAUUUUAAAGAAGAGUACGCCUUCAUGUGGUCAUCGAGUAGCCGCUUAUAAUACCUGUACCUAUCCGAAAUAAGGCUGCCACAGGUCAAAAAUAGUGAGAGAAAUCAUAACACUCUUCAAGGUCGAGGAAGAGUCAGGAAAUUUUGAAAAUGUAUACCUGUGGAAAACAGGCAAAAAUAUUUCCAUUAUUUGGGAACUUUCUGUCCGAUUAUCGCUCCUGCUUUAUCCAAAAAUGUCCGUGCAAUGAAAGUGAAAUAUUCCAAUAAAUGUGUUAAAAAGACAUUAAGUUUUCACCAGAGCUAAAGAAAAGGUGGUCUUCUCAGGUUGGAAGACCUUAUGUGAGAGAGGGUCGAGAAACAUCUGAUGCGGAAACCGAGCAUGAUGUUAGUACAAGAUGGUUUGAGCACUGCACAUCCUUCGAGUCACUAUUAAAGAUGACUUAUAUUUUAGUUAAUCCUAUAACCCAGGGAAACAGGCUCAAUUAGCUUAGCACAACCUUAGUUCCUCUUGAAGUUCUUACGUUAAGUUUCACUGAAGUCGACUUGUGCGCUAAAGUUGGGUUUGGUAGGAGGAGCUCUGUUUUACUCGAAGGUAACUGAAACCCACCCUGUUGUUUUAUUGGGUUUUGGAUAAAAGUUCUGUUUAAUCCUUGGAUACGGUUUGCCUUGCGGUUAAUCAGCGAUCCUUAACCAAAUAAUUUGUUUUUUAAUUUGGCAUCGCUUUUCCUGCCUUUGUCUCUUAAAGGUAGAUGUUUUUUUCUGAAAUUUAGACCUAUGUCUUUGUGACUCUUUUUUUUUUGUUUGUUUUAUUUUUAUUGUUUUUGCCUUUUCAGUUUGGGGGUGAAAGUGCCCACUUAAGCCCAUUAAAUGGUUACAUUGCUGAGGCCCAUCAACGUUUCAAGUGAGUGCGUUUUUUUCUGAUGAGACACAUUUUUCAAAAAAUUAAAGAUUUAAUCCCUUUUGAAGGGAUUUAACAGUGUAGUCGUAAGGAGUGUGUUGUCUGUAUUCCGGUAGUGUCCUUUACCAUAAAAAUCUGUUCUGCUGCGUUGUUUGUUUGCUUGUUUGCAGGAGAUUUUUCCUAGAGGUGUCUAAUGUAGAGGAGCCAGAGGGGCAUUUUAACAUCGACGAGUACACGGACGUGGUUAUGGUCACCAAACCUGUGAUUUACAUCUCAGUGCAAGAGAUCUGUGAUACACACAUGUUACUCCUAGAUCACAGAGAUGAAAUCGCACCAGAUCCCAACGACCCUCUGCACGAGUUGUUAGAUGAUCUUGGCGAUGCUCCGUCUGUUGACGCUUUGAUAGGUAAGACAACUACCACCCUAAGUUGUGAUACUCUGCGUGGCAAAUUUUCUGUGCACAGUCCCAGGUAUCAUUUCAGAUUCUUUCGUUUCGUUAUUUUUAGGAGACAACAUCUAGAAAGUUCUUGCUGGCUGGUGUAAUUUUUUUAAUAACUUUCAGGAAUGUCGAGUUCCUCAACAAACGUAACACUUCUAAAACAUAAAUUAUGCAAUUGGAGAUUAAUUGAUUAAUUACGAAUUCAUUCCCUCUUUAGAGAAGGUGGAGACAAUCAGAAAACUGAACAAAAAAAAUUGUUACAUUUUGUACUUUGCCUCGCGCGUGAGUCACAUAGGAACUACCUGAAGUGAAGCCUCCGCCAUUUCUGGAAUGCUGUUUGCACCUUAACCCAAUAUAGCCAAGAAUUGAUUGUUCAUUGAACUUUGAACAAGUUAAUUCUCGCACGCUGUCCUUAAUAAAGGAUCGCACUUUGAAGUAACUAUUGACAAGAAGAAAACGUAUUUGUUGUUAGGGGAAACAUCGCCUGUAGAUGAAGAACAGGUGAUGUCACAUCAUUCAAAAACAGAGAUCUCCUUAACGCUGACCAACAAGUUUGAGGUCCCGGAUGAUGAUGACUCUGACAUGAGAGCACUGUUUGUUAGGUACGCCUCAUGUGAACAGGGCUCGAAAUUAGCACUCGCAAACUCGCGAAAUGCGAGUGGUUUUUCGAAGUUGCGAGUCUAAAAAAUAUCCUCUAGCAAACAUUUGCUAGUUAGGUUUCUUCUUUUGCUAGUAAAAAAAAUCUUACUAGCAAAACUUUGCAAGUAGACAAAAAAGUUAAGUUCGAGCCCUGGUGAAUUAAUUUUCUUAUUGCUCAAUCUUAAAAAGUAGGCACACAAACAGUCUAGAAGACAAUGUAAUUUUUUGAUGAGUGACAAUUCCUACCGUUGAAGGAUUAAAAGCAGAUGGAAUGAAAUGUGAUAGUCAUUUGUUAAGAUUCGUUAAGUUUGGUUGAUUUGGACGGCGGUUUGUCUGUAUUUUUACGUUCUAUCGCGUCAUUUCAUGUACAAUUCAUUUUGUCGUGUCCUUUUAACAGAGCCUUUCUGUCUACCGUCGUCUUUGUGAGUUGCGAUUUUCAUGCUAGAGGCGUCAUAGCUUUUGCCAUUUAUUACCGAUAAUGUCUUUUGUACGUUUUUUCUUUCAGAACCAAGAGAAUGAUCGUAGAUGUUCUCAAAAUCCAAGCUGGAGAUAACUUGACAGAGAUUCUAGAGACUCCCGCCACUGAUGAGCAAGUGCGUGAUUUUCUAAUUUAGUUGUACUGUCACAUAACAUAUUAUUAUAGUUUUAACCAUCUGUCUGCUGCCCUUGUUAAACAUUUCUCAUAAUAUAUUGUAUUUGAUGCAGGAAGAAGAGCACACGAGAUCGAUGAAACUGAGGGAAUUAAACGAGGAGAACAAAAGUAAAUCCCAUGGCAAUGUAGCAAGGUCUACUUCAGCUUAUGGAGAUAAAAAGUAUGUAACCGGGUUAAACACGUUCUCUAAUCUCAGCUUUUUCUUGCGUGCUACAAUGUUUUUAAUCCAUGAUCCUUUGGUUAAGGAUCGCUGAUUAACCGCAAGGCAAACCGUAUCCAAGGAUUAAACAAGACUUUUAUAGCUCUCUGUAGUCGAGUUAUCCAUCCUUCCUUAUCUAUCAGCUCGUAGUAAAUAGAAACCUCCCUCACAAGUAAUGUUUUUCCAAUGUUAAAAUUUUCAGACUUCCCCUUGAAGGACUGAAAAGGAAAAUAAUAAGAAAUCUACGGAUGCUUGAAAGUCAAGGAGUCGUCACCAUCAAGAAUGAUUAUCAAGAUAUCAUUAACGCCAUCGCAAAGGUAAUUUCUCCGUGCGCCAGGCCGCACGGUUCCCAACUCUGGUAACUGUCAACAACAUUGAAUAUGUAGGACAUGAAAGGACAACGAAACUGCACUGAAACUGCACUGAAACUGCACUGAAACUGCACUGAAACUUCACUGUUUAUGAGCUGAAGGUGACAAUUUAGCGCAAUUUCUUUUCCGAAUUUUUUAUUAUUAUCAUUUUAUUUUGUUUUGUUUUGUUUUUUGUAAGUAAUAUGGUUUUAAUAAUGUCACAAAGAAGUUGAGUGUACAAUGGCACAAGAGACGUUUGCUCAUCAUGCUAAUUAAACAAGUUCCAAACGGAACUCAAACUUGCAGGAAAACAGUGGCCUGUUAAGACUCAAAUGAUUUAGUGGACAAAGUGCCAUGUAUUCCUUUUCUGAUCGCUCCUGACCGGCUCGCACGUAUUAGGAGUCUGACACCUAAACCUCCCCUGCUCAAAACGUUUUUCAGUGGUUGAUAAUGCGUCGGUUAAGUUUUUGUUUCUCCAAUUAUGAAUUGUCAUUUAUGCUCAAUAUCUCUGAUGCAGGACAUCAGAAACCAGAGGCGGUACCGACAAAGACGGAGACAAGAAAAAAAGAAACUGGGACAGACUUUGGAAAGCUUGCAUAGCAAAUCACAGUUCUACGAAGAACAGACUGAUUACUAUAACCAGUACAUCAGAGUGUGUUUAGAUAACCUCUCCAAGAAGGGAAAGUAAGUUUUACCACCACACAACGAUUACUCACCAGGCAGAAUUCUAUUGAACAAACUUGCUUUCUUUUGCAAUUUAUGUAAAAUUUGCCAUUUCGAGUUACUAAAGUCAUUUUCUUGCGAAAGGAAAUCUUUUUUUUAUUUCGUUGUUCGUCACUGCAAUAUAAUAUUGUGCAACACUUGCACGUGAAUGUGGUCUCAGUUAACAGUACCUGUAUUAAUUUUUACUCUUGUUCAAAUGAAAAAUAGAAAACCUCGAGCCAAGCAACAAAAGGGAAAAGAAGACGUGUACCGAGGUGAAAUCAAGUAUACUGCGCAAAGACUGUACGAGAAGGGAGUUAUUUUGGAAAUUGAAGGACUGCCGCCAUCGCAGUAAGUUCUGCGUCAAGUGUUUCAAGUACUGAAAUGUUCUUUUUCGUGAAUAGUGUGUUUCUUCUUCGUCUGCAGGUUCAAGAAUGUCAUGUUUGACAUCAAAUCAGCGGAUGAGGUCGGAGUCUUUGAAGUGUCAGCCAAAUUCAUGGGAGUGGCCAUGGAAAAAGUUGAGCUUGUCUUUCAGGUGAGCGGCGCCAUGUUCUAAGUCAGUUUUAAACAACUUUCCUUCAACUCAGGGGCGAAGCUUUCGUACGUUUUCCCAUUUUUAAAACUUAAGUCUUCUGGAAACAAAAGGAUAUGAAAUAAAACAUUUGCAACAUUUGCUUGUUCUCGAAUUCUUCGAUUCUUUCCAAGAGGGAGAGGGGGAAUAAUUUUCAACGUCGCUCAUAUGCCUCCUGCUGAAAACAAUUUUUAACUAUUUAGGUUUUUAUUUAUUUAUUUAUUUAACAUAUUUUCUUUUUAUCGCGUUUUAUUCGAAUUGAACACUCGGGUAAUUUAAAGUACAUUUUAAUGGCACUGAAAACAAGGUAUUUUUUUACAGGACUUACUUCAACUUCAGUACGAGGGUGUUGCAGUAAUGAAGAUGUUCGGACGAGCAAAAAUAAAUGUCAACCUACUCAUCUUCCUGUUGAACAAGAAAUUUUACGGCAAAUAGAUAGUUAUCAGAGAAUAAAAUGUUCACCUUAAUUGCGUAGGGAAUAAAAAUAAUGAGCACAGCGGGGACACGCUUCAAGUGGGCUCUGAAUGGCACGUCAUACAUACGGGUAUUUGGAAUUUACACAUGACAAUGGAAAAAAAUGGGCACUAGAGAGUUGCUUUGCUGCUGACGAAUGAAGAGCUUUGGACAAUUGUCAUUUCAUAGAGACAGCAUCUCAGUUAAUACGAACAGAUCAGGUGUAGCUAAAUAUCAGCUGCAUGGAUUCUUCUCUUUCUGAGAAGCUAAUUUUAAAAACAGAAAUUCUCAACGAUCUAUUUUUCAAGGCAGAUCGACCUUUCAGAAAAAAAAACAGCUGUCAGUUUUCUUCUAGAAAAAGCGAGCGCUUACGGGUAAUUUCCCCUCUAACUUUGCCUUUGGUUCAAGUCCAUCACUGUAUCGAAACUACGAACAAAACGGCAUCAAGUUGUGAAUAGAAGGCAAAGUGAUUCUAGUUCUAGAUUGUCCUGUGUGCCUUGAAAAACAGAUCUUGAAUGUACUAAAAGAUAGGCAACAAUUGUAAUAGUUUUUGUUUGUGUUAUGCAAUUACUGUUGAAUUCACUGCAGUAGAUAAAUUUACACUGGGACUUACAACAAUUCAAAAAUAUUCUCCCGUACCGUGUUACAAGGGAAUUGGAAACGCCAGUUGAAAUUGUAUAAGGACACUUACAAGUUUCAAGGUGAUGGCAGAAUCUUAGUAACUUAGAUAUAUGUUGUUUUAAGAUAAAUCAUGGUGUACAGGCGUUUUUUUCUGGGGAUGGUUUGUUUUCGUUCUUUGACAUCAUUGGUUAGGACGUUGGUUCGACUUUCGUACAUCUUUGUUCAUGAAGCAGGUUAAUCUAGUCGAAGAUAGCCACUACAAGUCACGAGUGAAAUUGCAAUUAACAUAUAAUUAUCAAUUUUGUUGCUUCAUGGCCAACAGAAUAUUUUACACUAUUUUCAAUUUGAUAUUUAAGAAUUACACGAUAUCCUACGAGCUCAGAAGUAGCUGAACCAACCAGACCUUUCUUUGACGAAUAAAAGAAAUAUCACCUAAUUUGCGAUUGAUUAUGUAUUUUAAUAGCCGCUACUCGGUGGCAGCCAGCACGAGUCAAAGGGAUUUUUUCCCAGCCAGCAACUUUGACCAGAAUCAAAAUCCAGUCAGGAGAGUCUUAACAAGUCACUUUUUUGUCAGCAAACAUGGAUUUGCUAUAGAUUUCCUGCCAGCAAGACCUUUUAACAACAAAAUUACAAGGAAAGAGUAAUUUUUUCCCUGUAGUUAAUGACAAUGAUUAGAUAAACUUGUUAUUAAGGCCCAUGCCAUGCUAGUUGUAGUUCCUUUGUUUGACAGGCGUCGGUAUUCAUGAUAUCCUAUGCAUCUAUUUCCGUGCGAUCGCGUUCUAUGAACCACUUCAUUUACAUGAUACACUUUGGAGAAAAGGCUGAAGGAAGAGUAAUGCAGUAAAAACCUAGGUUUUUUUUAUAGUUAGACUUCAUAGGUUCUUAGAUAAAUAGUGUUUAC